AUGCCUACAAGAGAUAGUCCAUCAAUCAAAGUUUGUGUUGGUAUAUCUAUUCUAAAAACAGAUAACAAACAAGACGCGUGCCUCAUCGCACAAGAAAAACUACAUCCAGUGUGUGCUCAAAGAACAGAAGAAUCGCCACAACCGUCAUGUUUGCAUCUGGCGGAAAUCUGCAGAGAAAACAGCGAAUGCAGAUCGAAGCUGGAAUUUUACGAGCAGUCUUGUGCAGUGGACGCUGUAACAAAAAAAUGCGCCGGGUCGCCCAUUGAAUGCCGAUCGGCGAUUUUGGGAAUUUUAGGAACGGAUCUCCGGACGACGUGCGCCUGCAAAGGAACUGACAUGGCCCAGUUGUACGAGUGUCUCGGCUGGCAGAGACUUCUCUGGGUCAAUCCCUGUGUAGUGGAAUCUCAGAAAAACUUUCACAUGGCAAAAGCCCUGGAACAAGCUAAGUACACAACAGCCAUUCCAACAACAUCAGCUCCCUUAAUUCGCCACCGGCCCACUUCCGUUCACCACUUCAAUAUAAACCACCAAGAUAACAUGAUAUCAGCAACAGAAGCUUCAUUACAUACGAGAAUCAACACAAUCGCCGAGUUUAUCCCACCUCCUCAGGCAUUUGUACCAACUAGCACUUCUACUACUACAACUACGACUACUACAACAACGACGACUACAACAACAACAACAAGACCUCCUUCUACAAGACGAACGAAACCACCAACCACCACUACAGCCCUACCACCAAGUAAGUAA